UUUUUCAUGUCUACUUCCGCGUACUGUUUUUUUUUUUUUUUUCUCCCACUGACACUCGGCAACUUUCGAUCAGGAAGCCCAUUACACGCUUUCGGCUGUCUUUUUCUCUUUAUUAGCCGCGGGGUUAGUUUGGAGCUCAACGCUCUGAGCCAGCCAUGAGCAUCAUCGGGGCCGAAGACGAGGACUUUGAGAAUGAUUUAGCAGACCCAGCAGAUGACAAAUGUCCGUAUUUCGACAACAUCGAGACAUUGAAGAAACGGCCGACUCACCUGCUGGUCUUCAUGCAGCAUGUCAUUCUGCAGUUCGAUCCCACACCCUUGCUGUGUUAUCUCCAUGCCGACAUUGUAAAGAACCUCAAUGCUAGAGACACCAAGAAACAGUUUCCUGACUUCUACAAUAACUUCUUGGAGAAGGGUGCAAUUCUCAGAGUUUCAAUGCCAACCAGUUUAUCCUUUGAACUGGAUCGGACUCGUCCAGAAUUGCUGUCAGAUGACACCCAAAGACGUUACGCUGCAGAAGUGCAGAAAUGUCAAGCGGCGGAGGUGGCCAAACAGCUGGAGGAUUUCAGGCAGAAAAGGAUGAUGGGUAUGACCCAGUGCGAGGAGCAGGUGAUGGAUGUUGAAAGUCACUAUCCCACUGACCGCGUCCCGAUGGACAUGAAGGAGAAAUCUGUGGCCGAGAAUCUGCUGGAGAAGAUGUAUGAUUCACAACUUACCUUUGUCCCGGAUGAGGAAAAAUGCCAAGCCAUCUUCUCUGCAGUGGCGUCUUACAUGAAGCACCUUGAAGUGAAAAACAGGGCAGGUGAUAGUAAGAAGUCCAAACGAGGCUUUCCAUGGAUUAAGCAGAAGAAUCAUGAUCCUCCAAAGCAACGGACUCGGGGCUUCCAUGUUCCUAACUGGAUAGCAGGCGGUGUCGAAGUCAAACCAAAAGAGUCUGAAGGGGAAAAAGAUAAUAAAGGAAGGGAAUCUAAAGGUUCUCUCCGAGCUGAAACUCCAGCUCCUUCGAUCAGAAAACCUGAAGGCUCACCUUCGGUGCCUAACGUGGAGCCCCCUGGAUCUCCAGGCAACAUCUUGAACAUCCACAACAAUGCAGAGCCUUCUCCGAUUGAUGGUCAGCCAUGCAACUUUUUAGAGCCUCCCACCCAGUCGGACGGGCCGCUUCCAGAGAUGGCAGCUGGGGUCCCUGUUGUUGAGCAUAGUUCACCCCUUGAUGUUCAUCCAGAGGAGUCGGACAAGGACAGACGGAAGCCAAGCAGGAAAGUGGGACGCAGCGAGAGCGCACGCGUGGACCGGCACUCGUCUCGGCGCCGUGGCUCUUCUCGUAAACAGUCACGCUCCCGUAGUGACGUGGACCUCCAGCCUCCUUCAUCUGCGACAAGUCCUGCCCCGCUCUCCCCGCAGCACCUCCAUCCUUUGGAAGGACCCGCUUUCCCUUCUGAGGUGCCUGGCCAGCCCCCAACAAGUCCCUCUCCGCAGUUGGAGGAGAUUGAUCCCCGUCUGCAAGAGUUGGAGCAGGACCCGUCCAGCUGGAGGCAGCUGGCGUCCCCUGAGGCUGUGAAGAGCCUCAGCAAGAAGGAGACCAAGAGGCAGGAAGUCAUAAAUGAGUUGUUUGCCACAGAGCAUGCACACGUCAGAAUGCUGAGUGUCCUUCAGUGGGUGUUCGCCAAGCAGAUGGAGAGGGAGCAACUCUUGACUGCUGUAGAAAUUGAAGCCAUUUUCCCAAACCUCGAGGAAAUCAUUGAAAUGCAUUAUAAUUUCUAUGAAAACCUGAAGAAACUGCGUGUCAAUGAAAACUAUAUAGUUAAAAAAAUCAGCACGACAUUGCGCAACAGAUUUGAUGGCCACGAGGGAGAAUGGUUUCAGAGACUGACUUCCAGGUUCUGCAGUCACCAGACCUGGGCCCUUGACCAGAUCAAGCAAAGACAGAAGAAAGAGCCCCGCUUUAAUGCUGUUAUACAGGAUGCAGAGAGUAAGCCCCAGUGCCGCAGGCUACAGCUCAAGGACAUUAUUCCUACAGAGAUGCAGAGGCUUACGAAGUAUCCACUGCUGCUGGAGAACAUUGCUAAGAACACAGAGGACCCAGAUGAGAAGGCGGCUAUCCAGGACAGUGCAGAAUGCUGCAGAAAGAUCCUCAACCAUGUCAACGAAGAGGUCAAAAGCAUGGGGAACAUGUUGACUCUGAAGGAAUACCAGAAAAAACUGGACACAUCAGGACUGAAAGCCAGCGUUGACCUUUAUACAGAAUAUAAGAACCUUGACCUGACUCAGAGGAAGAUGCUUUUCGAAGGUCCGCUGAUCUGGAGGGUGACCAAGGAAAAGGCUAUUGAUGUUCAUUGCUUGCUGCUGGAAGAUCUGCUGGUCCUUGCACAAAAGCAGGAAGACAAGAUGUUGCUCAAAUGCCAAAGUAAGAGUAACAUUGCGGGGCAGGAGGGCAAGCAGAGUCUGAGCCCCAUUAUAAAGUUGGACUCGGUUUUCCUCCGUGACGUGGCAACAGAUCGAAAGGCUUUAUAUGUGAUAUUCACGUGGGAGAAUGGUGCUCAGAUCUAUGAGCUGGUGGCUCAGUCUGUUGGAGAAAGGAAAACUUGGACUGAUAUGAUCAGGUCAGCAGUAGACGAUCUGAAGAGAAAUGGAGCUUCCCUGAAGUUGCCUAUUACUCCUGGAGCUGGGAUGUCUCCUCUCAGCCCAUCCAUGUUGAAUCCGCCGUUGAGUCCAUCAGAGAAUGGCGGUUUAAGAGGCAGCAGUGAUCAAGAAGAGGCCAGUGUGACAGAUGACAAAGCUGUACAUCCGAGGGAUAAACUGAUUGAACUGUUGACCGACAGAGGCCUGGUCCAUGUGCUGGAUCAGUCCAGCGGCGGUCAGGAGAAGGUGGCCAGCAGUGCUCUGGAUGAAGUCAUGUCACUGAAAAGAUUGCUGAUCGGCAGCAUCAGUCUGUCAGAGGACUCGCUGCCUGAUGAAGAAAAUGAAGAGGAGCAACCAGAGAAGCCUUCUCAGGACACAGAUGGCUCCCAGCCAGCAGAGGAAAGUGAGUCGACAGACAGGGGAUAUAUGCAGGUGAACGCCAGUCCUUCUAGGAAGGAAGAUGGAGUAAAAAAAGAAGAUGAAGACGGGAGCAUCAGCGCCCCGCUGGUCUUGUCCCAGGAGAGAAUGGACGAAGUGUGCAGGAGGCUGCAAAGCCUGCAGGAAAAGAUACAGAGACUACAGGCUGUGGAAGAGGAGCAUCACAAGUUGAACGAGGUCCUUUCAGAGUUCUCGCUGGAAGGCGGUAACUUCCAGUGAGAUGCGUUUUUGCCACCUGCUGGCCACAAGGUUUUCUUCUGGCUGUUGUUUGGAGCUAAGUGACUUUCCGAGGCUUUCCUGGAACUUUCACUCCCACUCAAAAAACAAACAAAAAAACAAAAACAUCAUGCCUGGAUCCAAGCUGCCACUUCUAUAUCUUUGUAUCAGCGCUGUUUGCUGCCAAAGCAGGAAGUUUCCUGCCUUCCAGAGGAGUGUAAUUGCUUUGUGCACAGUGCAGUAGUUCAGUGAUGGAGCGUGGGAGGUGUGUGCAUUGGUGUGCGUGUGUCUGUCUGGCUGCAUGUUUGAAACAAAAGGAUGGAACCGAUUGGGGGGGAGAGAAAUAUCUUGCUUUUGAGUAGGAGGUUGUUUUUGCUGGAAAGUGACAAAAGUAAUGAAGCAAUAUUUUGGUGUGAGAGACAUGCUGCCUAAUAAAAAAUGUAGUCUUUCUGCUGUAACACACAUACGCACACCUGAGACAUGUAUGCUGGAGCACAAUUGACAUUAAUGCCAAGAAUGUCAAUGCUGUGGAAAAAAAGAGACCCUAAUGUAGCAAUGUAGGUUUUUUUUCUUUAAAAACUACUGCCAGAAUGUAUUAUUUCUAGUCUAUGCCAAAGUACAACAGAGAUGCACUUUUUUCCUCUUUGAAAAAACUUAAAAACACACUCUGAUCGCCAAAUUUCUUAUUUAAACUCAGUUUCAGUGUGUUUUCUUUUUAAUCAUUUAGGUUUCAUGUCAGCAGACCUUAUUAUUGGAAAGAUACAUGAAAGACGGUGUGUGUAUGUGUGUUACAAGGUUUUUAAUAACGAAAUGUUGGAUAUUUUUUUCUUUUCUCUUAUUCUCUGUAAAACAUUUAUGAAAAGUGGCGCUAUAGGCAAUCAUGCUGUUGAUGAUGGAGACGCGUUUGUAUGUACGGCUUUUAUUUAUUCCUCUGAGGGGUUUUUAGGUCAGCAGGUUGCCUCAUCUUACAGAUAUUAUUACAACAUUGGGUCAGAACGAGGCGAGAGCGGCAUGCAUAAAGUUGGACAAGGCUAAAGAAGUAAUCCUGGGAUACGUAAUGCACAUCAAAGGUGAAGGGAGAGAAAACACAUAGGCCUAAAGAAGAAGGUUUGGAGUUUUUUUUUUUUUUUUAUGUUUGCUUUGAAUAGCUUGGAAUAGAAGGCCAUGAGAAGACCGAUGGGAGAACCUGAGUUUUUAAGGAUUCGUGCUGAUGAAAUCUGAACACACACAGCGUGCCCAGAAUUUCAGACUUGUUCACAAAUGCACCGUUUUUUGCAGCAUCAAUCUCCUCUAGAGAGAGUUUUGCAACUUAUGAUCCAGAACAUCAGUUGGGGUUAAGAUUUGUAUUAUAUGAGAUUAGAUGCAUAUGUUAGUGAUGAGGUCCCAACUAGCGAUAUUUGUAUCAAAGCUUUCCUGCCUUUGUAUUUUACUCAGCAGUUGAUUGUAAUUAUAAUUGUUGUAGUAUAGUUCCUUAGUAGUGGCAUAAUUGAUGCAGGACCAAAGACACAUCGAAGCACAUUUAAAAGAGAUGGCUUUCAAUAAAAAUCUGUUUAUUGAUAUAUAGAUGCAUUUACUGGUAGGUAUUAGAUUAAAUAUGUUCAGGGUUAUUCAAGCUUGAUCACUAAAUUCCAGCAGACAUUACGGGCCUCCUGCUUACGUUAACCAACCAAUCAGUCCAGGUGCGUUUAGGUUAAGAGAUGCAAGAGAAAACUAUGUAAGCUCUGCUGCAGCCCCCUGCUCAGAGCACCUAGAGACCAAACGCUGUUAAAACAUCUAUUACUGAAUAUGUAUUGGAGCUGCAGAGAAAGAAAAAACAUUUUCAAACUACACUGUGUCACAAAUGACAUUUUAAUGCUUAGAGAAAAGAAAACAGUUGUCUUAUUCCAGUGUUGCUUUAUAAUCACGAAUGCUGUAAUCAUGUUCAAUUCCCGAUAUGCAUUCACUUUGGUGUUUCUACAACAGAUCCUACCUUCUGAAGCUACUGAACCUCAAUGUAUUUACACCAUUUAGUCACAUCAGUGCAACAAAAAACAGAAUCAAGAUGUUUAUUUUUUCCUUUUGUCUUCCUCUUUAAAUUGUAUGCAAUCAAAUAGUUUGAAGGCACUUGCUUCUUUGUCUUCAUGUACCUUUUUCCAAUUGCAUGGUUUUACCAAAAGUUAUGCAUUUCAUUUAAUGUACUUAUGAAAUAGGUCAGGGGACAUUGUAACUGUUUUUUUUGUUAGUUUUUUUUCACUCCUUUUUAACAAAGCUGUUCUGAUAAUGUGCUAUGCAUUUCCUGUUGGUAUUAAAAAAGGGAGGAUUGUCUGCAGCUUGUUGACGCACCAGUAGAUUUAACAAACAUGCAAACGAUUUAAACAGGACAGUUUUGCCAACAUUUUACUCUUCUAAGUUUGGCAGAUUGACUUCGAGAUGAGAUGUGAGGGCUUGGUGAAAAUCCAAAUUCAGAAAGCACUAGUGAUGCUUUCAGGCUUUAUUAGUUCAUAACGGUUGCAGACUUUUCUCCCUAUGUCUCCCCAUUGAUGCUUUUUCUUAUAUAUUCAAUAUACUCUGUAUAAAGUGUUAUAGAGUGGUGCCUUCUUCUGACCAUUACAUUUUUUGCUUCUUAAAGGGCUUGUAACUAAAAACAAAAACAGCUGAUUUAAAAGUUCAUAAGCAGUAAGAUAUCAUUCCAUUAUGUUAACUUAAGAUUGACACCCCUAAUUCAUAUUUAUGUUGAUGACAUUUAGCUUACAGCUUCUUCCCGUUUUGUUUGCAUCCAUUAAUUCCUCAUAACUUGAGCCCACAGCCAACCAGAGCCCUGUUUAAGCAAAGACACUGCUCCUUCCAUCUUUCUGAUCUUAUAAAGAAAAAUGUAAACAAGAACUAUAUUGUGUAUUUGGUAUAAAUUUUUAUGCUGUAAGAGGCUCUUAAAAGAUGUACACCUAAGGAAAAUUGUGGUACGUUUGUGUUUUUGGAUUUUUUGUUGUUGUUUUUUAAAAAUAAACUGGGGAAAUAAAUAAAA